AUGAAUGGUUUUGAACGAAUUAAAGUCCUCCAUUCACAGACGUGGAAACUGAGGCUCCGAGCGCGCGAGCGACUGGUCCCCGGCCUCGGCGACAAGGACUUGGCCGCCCCGAGGGUAAGCCCCUGGCAGAGCCUCGCGGCGAGUAAACCCUCGACGCAGCCCUGCACGCGCCGCCCUGCCGGAGCCCCCAGGCGCCCGCCGCCCGGGCGCGGCGCGGGGCACUCUGGGAAGUGUAGUCCCGCCCGCUCCCGGCUCCGGCGCCCGGGCCGUCCGCUGCCGGCGCGCCCCCGAGGCUCUGAGCCAGACGCGCCAGGCGGCGGCGGGUUACGCUGGGUCUCUGUUGCCGUGUCCCGGCCGCCGACUUUGAGUGUGCGCCUACUGUAUGCGGCGCGCGGCUGCGCCCCUCGGCCGGGCGCUGGGGCUCGAUCCCGGCGCGGAGUGUCUGGCCAGAGGUAUAGGGAGAGACAGGUUCGAACUCCCCGAGGCCAAGAAGGAGCAAGGCCCACCAGGAACAAGGCUACCGCCCCCAGCCUCCAGCCCCCGCCACCCCUGGAGCAGGAGGAGAUCUUGACCAUGAAGGUGGAGGAGGACUUCUGCUGGGAACAGGAGCCCUCCCUGGAGACGGAAGUCCAGCCGGAGACCUUCUGCCAGCUCUUCCAGCUCUUCGGACCUCGGGCGGCCCUGAACCGCCUCCGGGAGCUCUGCUGAGGCUGGCUGCGGCCCGAGCUGCGCGUCCAGGAGCAGAUCCCGGAGCUGCUGGUGCUGGAGCAGUUCCUGAUGGUGCUGCCGGGGGAGAUCCAGGCCCUGGUGCUGGAGCGGCAGCCAGAGAGCGGUGAGGAGGCGGUGCACCUCGUGGGAGGGCUGUAGCGGGAGCCCGGAAAACAGAGCCGGCAAGGGCAACUGCUUCUCAAUGUUUCUCAACCUUGGCCAAUGGGUACAGGGGGACAGUCUUUGAAACACGAGGCGGAGACCCAACCAGAGGAGUUGUCCCUGGAUGAAGGGGCUUGGCGCUCCAGUGAGCAGCCCCCAGCCCAGCUGAGCCACAGACCAAAGAGAGGCCCCUAGCUCUGGCCAAAGAGAAGCAAGCCCAGUGCCCUCCUGGCGUCAGAAGACAGCGGCACCAGCUAUGUCCUCCCUUUCAGCCAGGUCCUGGUUGAGCAGGCGUUCCCGGGCUUUCUCCCACUCAUGAGACUAGAGUGGGACCGAGUGCUGUCAGCACGGUGCAGGGGACCCGCCCCCACCCCCCCGCUCCCGGGUCAGGGGCCGGCCCUGGUCAGGGGCACAACCAGGCCCACGCGGCCUCUGGGAAGUGGGGGGCCCCGAGAGCUUGAGAAGCUGUACAUGUGCCCCGAAUGCGGCAAAGGCUUUAGUAAAACAUGCCCGACCAAGCACCGGCGCACGCACCCCAGGGAGCAGCCCUACAAGUGCCAGGUCUGUGGGGAGGGCUUCUGAGACCACCCCCACUUGAGCAGGCACGGAGGGUGCACCCGGGUGAGAAGCCCUCCCUGUGCGCCGCAUGCGUGCGGGAAGCGCCUCAGCCAGCCCUCCAGGCCGGUCGUCCGCCGCAGGACACCCUGAGGGGCGGCCCCACGUGUGCACAACAGCUCGCACUCCAGCGCCCACUACAGGAUGCAUACGGGGGAGAAGCCCUACACAUGCCCUGCCUGUGGGCGAGGCUUGCCUGGCACUGACCUCCACAGACACCAGCGGACCCACAGCUGGGAGAAGCCCCAGCGGGUGGCACCCCAACACAGCCACACAGGCCCCCGAGGCUCCAGGAAGCCCCCUGGCCAAAGCCUGACCACCACGCACCAGAGUUAG